UUCUCCUACACUCAAACAAGAAAGCCAUAACAGAUAGCAAUGGCACCUCAAAGACUAGCUUUGAUCAUACUUCUCUUAUCCCUUUUCACGUUCUCUUCUUCACGCGCUGAAAAUGGUGGCAUUGCUGUGUACUGGGGCCAAGACGCUCGAGAAGGCAAUUUGAUAGCUACAUGUGACAGUGGAAAGUACGCCAUUGUGCUCCUCGCGUUCCUCCACCAGUUCGGUGCAGGGAGAACGCCAACUUUGAACUUCGCCGGUCACUGCGGCGAUAGUUCCGGGAGAAGUUGCGGCCUUCUACAGCCCCAAAUAAACUAUUGCCAGGCGAAAGGCAUCAAGGUGCUCCUUUCAAUCGGAGGACCCACCGGAGGGUACUGGCUGAGCUCGGCGGAGGACGCAAAGGACGUGGCCAACUACCUCUUCAUCAACUUCCUCAGCGGCGAAUUCGGUCCACUGGGAAGCGUCAUGCUGGACGGCGUCGACUUCCACGUUGAAACGUCGGAGGAUUACUGGGACGAUCUGGCAAGGGAACUCGAUUUGUUACGACAAACGACGGGGCGUUACUUUUACUUGUCCGCAGCUCCUCAGUGCCCAACAGACCCAAUCCCCUAUCUCGGCAAAGCCAUAGCCACCAACCUCUUCGACUACAUCUUCGUUCAGUUCUACGACAACCCUAGUUGCUCUUACACCGAUGGCACCAGCGCCCUCUUGGAGUCCUGGGACAAGUGGGUCGACUCGGUCGCCUCCAACAACUCGCUCUUCGUGGGAGUGCCAGCAGCGCCCAGCGCCGGCGACGGUUACAUUCCGCCGGAGGUCCUCAACGACGAGGUGCUUCCGCACGCAAAGGAAGCCUCCAACUACGGGGGAGUGAUGCUGUGGGAUAGAUACCGCGAUGUUCAGAAUGGUUACAGUGAUAGCAUUAUGUCCAAUGUGAUCAAGUCCAAGUUGAAGGUGUCUGUGGUGUCCGUUUCCGAUGCAAUUUACCGGGGCGUGUCCAAGGCGUUGCGCCGCCUUUUAGUUUACUAGGUGGUGGUAGAGAGGUACAACCACCGUAGGCAUGUACUAUGCACGGAAUAAAUUACAUGUCAGCUAUGUUUCUCUUUCCUGAAGUCAUGCUCCGCAUGGUCUUGGUUGCAAGUAAUGUAAUGGAUUUGGAUUGGACUUGAAAUAAUAGGGUUCAUCCUGCCAAAUUGAUAUCAUUAAAAUUAUAAUAAAAAUCCCGCAUUUCCUUAUCCGGAAAUAUGUUUCGGAUCUAAAAA